GACAGGCGCGAUCUGCGGUCAUCAUGCAAAGGUUACAUUGGAUCUGUUUCAAGAAGACGCUCCUCCGUCGGAAACGCUCGGGUCGCAAAAUGCGGGACGUCUAGCGGCGCGAGAGCGGACUCGCCACCGGUUCUCCCGGGCCUCUUUUGGCUGCAGCAGGUGUCAAAAACGAUGGGCACGUUUUCGGGAGUGUGUGCGCUGGCUCCUCUCGGCCGUAAAGUGGCUUCAUGAGUGUCCAAAGUAACAGUGGAAGUGGUGGUGGAAGUUUGGAGGCGACGCCAUCUUGGUCGCAGCUCUCCUCGUCCCCAACGAUUUCUCAACAACAUCUAACGGCGACCGCAAAGAGCAAGGAAGGCCCCAUGGAGGAGCUGCACAGCUUGGACCCCAGGAGACAGGAGCUGCUGGAGGCCAGGUUUACAGGAGCUGUCAGCGGCAACACCGUAGGCAGCACGGGGAGCACCAGCGGAGGUGCUAAGGGCUUGGCCAAUGAGUCCUCCAACCACAGCUAUGGAAGUCUGGGCUCAUCCAGUGACAAGGAGUCCGAGAACUCCGAUCUGAAAAGAGGGAGCUCCCCUGCCUACUCAACCCCAGAGAAGAAGCACUCUGAAUCGUCCAGGGGGAGGAAGAGGAAAGCCGACACCUAUUCUGAGAGUAGUCAAGGAAAGACUUCCACACGCGGACCCAAAAUCAGCGACUAUUUUGAUUUUCAGGGUGGAAAUGGUUCCAGUCCAGUCAGAGGCCUUCCAUCUGCUCGCCGCUCUCCUCAGAGCUCGCACUCGGCUCCAGGUUCGAUGACCCGUGAAAAUAGCUCCUCCCCCACCAGUCUGAGUUUCGGGGAGCACAACCUCAAAGCCUCCUUGAGCAAAUGUAUCCAGACGGAGUUGACGGGGCUCAAACUUGCCGCCCUGGAGAGCAACAAGAGUCUGGACCUGGAGAAGAAGGAAGGCCGGAUAGACGACCUGCUCAGGGCGAAUUGUGACCUGAGAAGACAGAUCGAUGAACAGCAGAAACUGCUGGAGAAAUAUAAGGAGAGACUCAACAAGUGCAUCACAAUGAGCAAGAAACUGCUCAUAGAGAAGAGCAACCAGGAGAAGCUUUCGUGUCGUGAGAAAAGCAUGCAGGACCGUCUGCGCCUCGGUCACUUCACCACCGUCAGACACGGCGCCUCCUACACGGAGCAGUGGACUGACGGAUACGCAUUCCAAAACCUGAUCAAGCAACAGGAAAGCAUCAACCAGCAGAGGGAGGAUAUCGAGCGACAGAGGAAGCUCCUCGCCAAGAGGAAGCCUCCCAACCCGGCGGCGCCCUCCCUCUCUGUGGCCUCAACCUCCGAGCCCAAGCAGCGUAAAGCCAAGGUGGUCAACGGCAACGACUCGGACCCCUUCCUGAAGCCCUCUCUGCCCCAGCUCCUGACCCUCGCUGAGUACCACGAGCAGGAGGAAAUCUUCAAGCUUCGCCUCGGACACUUGAAGAAGGAGGAGGCGGAGAUCCAGGCAGAGCUGGAGAGGCUGGAGCGGGUCCGGAACCUUCACAUCCGAGAGCUGAAGAGGAUAAACAAUGAAGACAGCUCAGCUUUUAAAGACCACCCCACGCUGAAUGAGAGGUACCUGCUGCUGCACUUGCUGGGCAGGGGCGGCUUCAGUGAAGUCUACAAGGCGUUUGACUUGUUUGAGCAGCGCUACGCCGCCGUGAAAAUCCACCAGCUCAACAAGAACUGGAGAGAGGAGAAGAAGGAGAACUACCACAAGCACGCAUGCAGGGAAUACCGGAUACACAAGCAGCUGGAUCAUCCCAGAAUCGUCAAACUGUACGACUAUUUCUCCCUCGACACGGACACGUUCUGCACCGUGCUGGAGUUCUGCGAGGGGAACGACCUGGACUUCUACCUGAAGCAGAACAAGCUGAUGUCGGAGAAGGAGGCCCGCUCCAUCGUAAUGCAGAUCGUCAGCGCCCUGCGCUACCUCAAUGAAAUCAAACCCCCAAUCAUCCACUAUGACCUCAAACCUGGUAACAUCCUAUUGGUUGACGGGACGGCAUGUGGUGAAAUCAAAAUCACGGAUUUCGGCCUUUCCAAGAUAAUGGAUGAUGACAACUACGGUGUGGAUGGGAUGGACCUCACGUCACAGGGUGCAGGCACCUACUGGUACCUUCCUCCAGAGUGUUUUGUCGUCGGGAAGGAACCUCCCAAGAUCUCCAACAAGGUGGACGUGUGGUCAGUUGGAGUGAUUUUCUUCCAAUGCCUCUACGGACGCAAGCCGUUUGGUCACAAUCAGUCCCAGCAGGACAUCCUGCAGGAAAACACCAUCCUCAAAGCCACGGAAGUUCAGUUUCCAGCCAAACCGCAGGCCAGCACAGAGGCCAAGGCGUUCAUCCGGCGCUGUCUGGCCUACCGUAAGGAGGACCGCUACGACGUUCACCAACUGUGCUCGGACUCCUAUCUCCUCCCCCACAUGAGACGCUCAAACUCCUCCGGGUCCCUGCAGCCCCCGGCCCCAUCAAUCCCCAACUACUGAGCGGCUGGACGCGAUGGGACGGGACCUUCUGGAAGGACGAGGUUGCUGUGAUCAGCGGAGGACAGAUGGCGAUCCCUUUUGUCCCGAGCUUUCUCCUAAGACGGCUGCAGAGAGAAUGGAAAGGAAGAAGCUCUGCGUUCGUCAGAGCUCCGCCCUCAGACUUCGAAAGAGGAAGUGGAUGGAAGUAGGAAAAUGUAUUGUUUGGGGGUGAAAUGAAAGCAAGUGGACUUGCUUCUGGACUAAAUGAACCCCAUUACAGCAGUGUGGAUUGGUCUUUCAACCCCCCCCCGUAGCUCCACAUGCAUCUUCACAAGCACGUACAUACGCCGUAAUAUACCUUAGCUGACUAACAGUUGUGUCAACAUGCGCCUACUUUCCAGUCUUGUUGCUUGUGAGGGCGGGUGCAGAGAAAAGCAGAAAAACCUCCGCAUCGUGUCAAAGUUUACCUCCAGUGACGGCGAUUUUUCCUUUUUUUUUUAAGUUUGCACUUCAAAACCCAGAUGAGGCUCAGAUUAGUCUUGAAGAAACCACCGCAUGGCCUCACUGUCGUCACGAUCUGAACCGGAGGCGCCGUCAGUCCGCGUCCCUCCGUCCGUCUUUCCAGGUAAAAGAGGCGGACGUUUCAUGGUGGUGUGUUGAUGUAGAUGUCCAUGCUUCCCUGCUGGACUACUUAACAUUAGGCUCUUUAAAUAAAAAAAGAAAGAAAAAAAUCUGUAUCUGUAUGUUACUGUAUGGCAAAGCAGAGUUCAUUGUACAUUUCAUGUGCAGGAAACACGACUAACUAGCAGAUAUAUACCAAUAAUCCUGCUUUUUACGCCUCCAAGUGUCCGUUUGCUCCAUCGUUUCCUCCUGAAAGCCAUUCUCAGUGUUGCUGCUAUAAAUGUUGCUUUUAGUUUCACAUGUGCAUGACCUCCUCCCUGCAUAUGUGCAUAUUUGAACUGUGUUCAGCUGCAGAGCCUUCAACCAUCUUCAUAAAUGUCUGAUAGGGGGCUUUUUUUUUUUGUUUUUUUUUGUUUUUUGUUUAAGCAUAAAAGCCCGACAAACAUGAUGUAUCGAGCAAAUUCCCAGAAUGCUCCUCGGUUGCGGGGAACGGUCGCACCUGUUCACAGAAAAAAAAAAAAAGAGGACACGCUCCAGAUCAGCUGGAAUUCAUGAUAUAUUCAAGUGUUGUCAUUGUGUAAAUAAAACACUUACCUGCUC